GACAGGGAGCCGUCCAGGGCGGGCGAGUGAAAGAAGGGAGUCAGACAGAAAGGAGGUUAACAACAUAAUAAAAAAAACAGCCUGAGCCACGGUUGGAGAGACCGGGACCCGGCGCAAGAGAGCGCAGCCCUAGGGGGAGAGGAACGGGAGACUCAGCAGAGCGCGCUCAUCACUGACUUUUGCUUCUUCUGCCUUUUUUUUUUCUUUUUUAACAAGAAGGCGCUAGCGGCAGCCUCACACGCGAGCGCCACGCGAGGCUCCCGAAGCCAACCCGCGAGGGGAGGAGGGGAAGGAGGAGCAGGAGCCGUGGAGGGCGGAGGAAAAGCAUUUGCACCUUCUUUGCUCCCAUCCCCAACCUCCCGGGGAUUUUGUAAUUUUGUGAAACUUCCCCGAGCGAGCUCCCUCUUCCUCUCUCCCCUCCUUUCCCUCACCGUUCGCGCAUCCCGGUCCUGCCUGCGUCCCCCUCGCGCGCCCCGCACCUCGCAUCCCCGCUCGCUCCUCUCCCGCGCCUCCUUGGCAGCCGCAGCGCAUGGAGAGCUCUGCCAAGAUGGAGAGCGGCGCGGGCCAGCAGCCCCAGCAGCCCUUCCUGCCGCCCGCAGCCUGCUUCUUUGCCACGGCGGCGGCGGCGGCGGCGGCAGCGGCGGCGGCGGCUCAGAGCGCGCAGCCCCAGCCGCCACCCGCGCCGCAGCUGAGCCCGGCGGCCGACGGCCAGCCCUCGGGGGGCGGUCACAAGUCCGCGGCCAAGCCGGUGAAGCGGCCGCGCUCGUCCUCGCCCGAACUGAUGCGCUGCAAACGCCGGCUCAACUUCAGCGGCUUCGGCUACAGCCUGCCGCAGCAGCAGCCGGCCGCCGUGGCGCGGCGCAACGAGCGCGAGCGCAACCGGGUCAAGCUGGUCAACCUGGGCUUCGCCACCCUGCGGGAGCACGUCCCCAACGGCGCGGCCAACAAGAAGAUGAGCAAGGUGGAGACCCUGCGCUCCGCCGUCGAGUACAUCCGCGCGCUGCAGCAGCUGCUGGACGAGCACGACGCGGUGAGCGCUGCCUUCCAGGCGGGCGUCCUGUCGCCCACCAUCUCCCCCAACUACUCCAACGACAUGAACUCCAUGGCCGGCUCGCCAGUCUCGUCCUACUCGUCGGACGAGGGCUCCUACGACCCCCUCAGCCCCGAGGAGCAAGAGCUGCUCGACUUCACCAACUGGUUCUGAGCUCGGCCCGGCCAGGCCCUGG